AAUAAAAUAUUUUAUUUUAUUCUUAUUUUUAUACUAGAGACAUAAUAGUUCUUUUUACUAAAAUUAAAUAAAGUAAUCUUCUUCUCUAGGUGCCGCCUCCACUUCGAAGGUUGCCAAUCAUCAGGGCGAUUUUUACUUUUGAGACCGCGGUUCUAAAUAAUUCGUUGUUACUACAUCCAAACCAUAUCCAAACAAUACAUAUUGAAUGGUGCACACACUAAGAAGACCUGAUACAGACAUAGCGAGACAAGCCCUAGAAUACACACCACAUGGCAAGAGAAGACGAGAAGACCAGGUAGACCCGUAGAAACGUUGAAAAGAACUGUGGAGAAAGAAAUUAAUGCUGUUGGGAAAACCUGGGCAGAAAUAAAGAUUAGUGCAAAGGAUAGGACAGAACGGAGGCAGACAGUUGACGCCCUAUGCUCCGCAUGGAGUGAAGAGGAAUAAGUGCCACACUUUAUGAGAUACAAAUCCAGAACAACACAGUAAAGUACCACAGAACUAGUUCCACUGGCUUAUGGUUUGUCAGAGUAAUUCUUUUCGAAGUGGUGUUUUUGAGUGAUAUUAUACCAAGAAUGAGAAAAGUUCUGAGAGUAAUCAGCAAUCUCUUUGUUGUUUUUAUGUUAUGUACUUUAUCGACACAAAUAAUGAGUAUGUACAGGGUGUUUCUGUAUUUGAGACAUGGGAAGAGUUUUGUUAAGAUACUUAAUAGUGUUAUAAAAAUUUGGAAGAAUCUCCAAGGCGAUAACAACUUAUUCCGAGGUAUUUUUGUAAACCGCAAAAUAUACUGCAUACAACUACUAUUAAUCUUCUUCGUGGUAUCACUGCUAGCAACCGAGGAUUUUAUCAGAGGCCAUCAACUCACAGACAUGCUGUCCUACUCCUUAACAGAAAUUUUAGUACUAAUAUCAAUUUUGGAAAAAGUAAAUGUUAUAUUGAUGUUUAAGAAAGUAUUUGGAGUACUCAGGCAAAGGAUUAAAGGCUCCAAAAUGGAUUCAGUGGAAGAUAUUUACGAUAAAUAUUACGCUUUACAUAAACUUUUAGAGAAAUAUAGUAAACUGAACUCUGGAUUCUUCUUUUAUGUAAUAGUCAACUGUUUCAUUUGGUCUAUGUACAAUAUUUACAAAUUCAUUAUCCUGAUUUUCUUUGAAUUUACAAAAUUUCCCACCAGAAAUUUCUCUAUGUCGAUAUUGCUGUCUUUUACAUGGAUCUUUCUACAUUUUUUCCAUUUGGCUAUUCUAAUAUGGGCUUAUAAUAAAGUCAAUGUGGAAAAGAAGAAUUUUAUAUACGACUUGUCUUUAAAAUUUUGUAGUCUGGGCGUUGAAACUAGAAGAAGGUACUCGGAUUUAAUUGUGUCUAUUUCUACUGACUUGUUGAUGUACACACAUGAAAAAAAUGCAGUGAUAUUCGAUUUGGGCCCUCCUUUAAUGUUAAGAAUAUUUGGAAGUUGUGUGACUUAUAUUUUAGUGUUGGUGAGUUUUGAAUAAGUGUGGGGUAUUAAAAAACGUGGCUGGGACAAAAUAAAAGGCCUUAUAGAAAUUUGGAACAUAUAUUUAAAUAAAAACGUAAAUAUUCAGUGAUAUUUUCAUCCUCGACUUAAUUCUAUAUUAGUAUAAAAUAUACAUUUAUAAAUAUUGUAAACUAUUAAGGGUGACAUCCUUAUGUACUAUAGGCACUUGUGUGUAUUGAUUUACUUCGUUAAUACUCUAGAUAACCAUCAUACACUUAAGGUUUUCCUGCUAGAUAUGUAACAUUAACUUAUUAUAUAGAUAUUAACGUUGAAAAUAACAAUAACUUUACCAUCUUUCCAGUAUUCAAAUUAAAGAAAACUCUUAUUUGAAUACUGAAUACAGAAAGAAGGAAAAUUACAAAAGUAAUAAAUGUAUUAUUAAAUAAUAAAGUAUUUCUUUUUGAAAACACCGUAAUAUUUUUAAAUAUUUGUAAUUAUGAAAACUUUUUGGAAAAGGCACAUAUUCAGACUAAUGUUCUGGAAGCCACCCUUAGAUUAAAAUCUAAAAACAGUCUUAAAAUACAAUUGGGACGUUAAACAUAGAAAACACUAUAAACUAAUACAAAAC